AUGGCGCCACGCUCUUCCAACCGACCUGUUCGCGCGCUCAAGUCUGCGAGCGACAGGAUGUUCCACUCCAGAAUCACUCUGUCUGAACUAUUUCGAGUUAUAUUCUACUUCUCUGUGUCGCUUUUUUUGCUUCCAAUCAACACCUCGAUACUCAUUGCCGCGGCUGUGUUGGACCGCGCCCACCUUUAUCCAAACCAAGAUCGACGUCGGCGCAAGCAUCUCCUACGGACUCCGUACUUUUACCCAAAGACCAUUCUGAUCACCGGUAUUGGGACAGCCCGGGGCUUGGUGCUUGCCCGUCAGUUUCAUUAUGGCGGCCAUCGAGUAAUCGGUGUUGACGUCGGCGUACUGCCCGCUCGUUCCGGCGGGAGCAUGUCUAAUGCCGUUAGUUGCUAUUACCCGGUUUCCAAAAAGCAGUAUAUCUGCAGCUUGCUUGAUAUUAUCAACCGAGAAAAAGUCGAUGUUUGGAUCCCAUGCUCCGAUCGAGUCGUGCCACUGGAGGAUGGCAUGGCAAAGAGCAUAAUCGAAAGCCGCACAUCCUGCAAAUGCAUACAUUUCAAUGCCGACUACACGUCUCUUUUAAGCCAAGAUGAGAAUUUCCUGCAACAUGUUUCCGAAAGGGGUUUACCGGUGUUUGAGAGACAUCAUGUUCUGUCUCGUGAUUCGGUCCAUCGGAUACUCAAUCACUCGCCAAAUAAGACAUACGUUAUUCAGACGCCUACCAAGGGGCUCUCACGGAAUACUGUCAUGUUGCCGAGACGGACUCCGAGUCAGACAUACUCUGAUGUCAGUGAACUGCAGAUUUCAAAGGACCAUCCUUGGGUUCUCAAACAACGUGCAUGCCUGGGCAAGUACUGGGCCGAUGUUCUUUUUGUUCACGGGCGUGUACAAGUUUUGAAAAUCCGGCCCUCCCGUUACAAGGCCGACUGGCACAACUCCAGCCUGAAAAACGGUGUUCACGAGGUGACGAGACAUAUCAUGGAUAAAUUUGCGGAGAAAGGAGCCUCUCGUAUGAGUGGGCAUUUAUCAGUGAAACUGAUGGUCGACGAAGAAAUCGGAAACAAUUCAGUCUGUUACACGGUUUAUAUUGCGGGCUGCAAGCAAGGAACUGCCGCAUCUUCGCUGCUGGCCGAUCCUCCUCCAGAUCUUUACAGUCGCUACCUGGAAAUUCUCCCGGUUACUACAAACGGAGUAAAUGGAGACAUCGACAUUUUAAAUGAUCGAUCCUCCUACAAACAAGGAUUCUCCCUGAUUAGUCGUGAUUACUUAUUUGGCCAGCGACAAAAACAAUCCACAUUGAUUGCUGCUAUAACAUCAAAGGCUAACAGGGAACUGGAACGACUGAGUAAUUUGGCCACUGUUGUAAUCAGCCUUCUAAGUCAACAGUCGGAUUUAGUCGAGCUGUGGAAGCAGUCUUUAUUUUCCAGAAUUGACCCCUUACCGUGGUGGUGGAAUCUACACAUCAGUCGACCCCUGAAUGGACUGGUGCUGAUGCUUGGUGGUGCGACAGAGGCACAUGCGAAGAAUUAG